CAAAAAUCAACCUAAGUCAUGAGUGCCUGUGUAGAAGAAACGGCUUUCUCGAAAACGAAGGAGACCACCAGGAUUGUAAUUAUCGGAGCAGGUGCAUCUGGAAUUGCGGCUGCCACUAAGCUUUUGGAGCAAGGAUUCAAGAAUGUCCAGCUUUUCGAGGCAGAGGAUCGGAUCGGAGGUCGCAUAAACACUGUUCCAUUUGCGAAUAGCUUUGUGGACCUGGGAGCUCAGUGGUGUCACGGGGAAGAGGGCAAUGUGGUCUACGAGACGGUUAAGGACUUGGAUGUCCUCGACAGGACCGGCGACUUUGCCGUUUACUUUGUGCGAUCCAACAAGGAAAUCCUCUCCGACGAACAGACCAAGGUUCUAAAGGAAUUUAAGGAUGAAUUUGAAGUAAAACCAGACUGUGAGGGAUCCGUUGGCGACGCGUUAAACGAAAGUUAUUGGAAGGAGGUGGGCCAGAAGGCGUUUCCAGACAACAGGACCAUUGCUAAGGAGGCUCUUGACUGCAUGAAAAGGCACAUUUGCAGUGAGGAUGCCUGCGAUACCGUGUCUGAACUUUCGCCUCGCAACUAUUUGAACUUCCAUCAAUCCGGUGGCGAUCAGAAUCUCAGCUGGCGGCAGAAGGGCUUCUGGAAGUUCCUGAGCAUAUUGCUGAAUGCCAACGAGGAUCAACCCGGGGAUCAAGGAGUCCUUAAAGGACACGUGCACCUCAACAAAAGAAUUGCUGAGAUCAAUUGGUCAGGAAGCGGGGAAACAACUCUGCGCUGCUGGAACGGUCAGAUAGUAUCAGCUGAUCACGUAAUCUGUACCGUCUCCCUGGGAGUUCUCAAGGAGAAGCAUCCAAAGCUCUUUGUUCCAGCUCUUCCAGCUGACAAAGUUAGGUCCAUUACAGGUCUAAAGCUUGGUACAGUGAACAAGUUCCUUCUGGAAUUCGAAGUGCAGCCAUUCCCAGAGGAGAUGAGGGGCAUAGCUUGCCUUUGGUUGGAAGAAGACCUCAAGGAGUUGCGAGGUAGCAAGUUCUUCUGGUUGGAGAGCAUCUGCGGAUUUCAUCGGGUGGAUCGUCAACCGCUGUUACUGGAGGGAUGGAUCAUUGGAGCCCACGCCCGCUACAUGGAAACCCUCAGCGAGGAAAAGGUCCUCGAAGGUCUCAUGUGGCUCUUCAGGAAGUUCCUUAGCUUCAGCGUUCCCUAUCCCAAAAAUCUCUUACGCUCACAGUGGCACUCCAAUCCGAAUUUCCGGGGCAGCUACAGUUGCUACCCCACCUAUGCAGAUGAACUUCGCACGGGGCGCACGGAUUUGGGGUCACCACUGGUUCAUGUCUCCGGAAGACCAAGGGUUCAGUUCGCCGGAGAGGCCACGAGUCAAACCCACUUCUCCACGGUUCAUGGAGCCACUGAAUCAGGAUGGCGCGAGGCCGAUCGACUCAUUGAAUUCUACAAAGGACGAGCUGAAAACUAGCAAAAGUGACAAAAAAAAAAAAUAUGGCAGUAACGAAGCUUUAACAAAAAAAAUAUUUAAACAUGCAUUAUAAAUUACAUUUUAUUAUCAAGUCACCAAAAAAAAGCACACACAACAUAAUAAAAAAAAAUUAUUUUAUUAAUUUAAUCUACUCAAUGCAACAGAGCCCAAUUAAUUUAUGUAAUCAAAUAAAAUUAUAAACAUUUUAA